AUGGGUGGGGCUACAUAAUGACUCAACACAGGUUAGGAGUACACACAACAGGUGUACACAGUUUGCUCAGACCAGAGUGCUUUCAUUUGAACAGCUGCCAGGAUUCACAGGUUUCCAAAGUCUUUGGGAAUUAGCAGCAGAGAAUAAGGUCCAACGAUGGCCAAUUUUGGAGGACAUGCCAUUCCUGGCUCUUUUUUCCUAUUGCUUGGUUUUUGGCUAACUGUGAAACACACUCUCCAACACUACUGGAGGACAAGUCAGCCAAAAGGAAGACGCAGUAUGCCCUCUUUCUUUAAAAAAAUGGACUUCUUGGAGGGAGGAUUUCUAAUCUUUGGUUCUUUUGUUGGUAUUAUGAUUGAACAGUUCGUGGUGGAUGGGCCACAUGCCCAUCUCUAUGACAAAGAGAACAAUUCAUGGGUCAAGCUGAUGAACUGGCAGCACGGCACAAUGUAUCUGUUCUUUGGGAUCUGUGGAAUAGCACUGGUUGCCAGUACUGCAUCCAAACUGGUGCCAGCUGGUGUUGACCGCCUUGCUCUCUCCUUGGCUCUUUUUGUUGAAGGGUUUCUGUUUUAUCACCACCUGCACAAUCGGCCCCCUCUGGAUGCCCACAUCCACUCUCUGCUGCUCGUGGCUGUGUUCAGCGGAUCGGCCAGCACCAUGUUGGAGGUGUUCCUAAGAGACAACAUUAUUUUGGAGCUGUUAAGAGCAUGCCUGUUCAUCCUGCAAGGCUCAUGGUUCUACGAGAUUGGAUUUGUACUUUAUCCAUUAAGUGGACCGGAGUGGGACCUGAAACUGCAUGACAACAUCAUGUUCAUUACUAUGUGCUUCUGCUGGCACAUAGCUGUGGCCCUGCUUUUAGUCACCUGCAUCUCCUCUCUGGUUUGGUUCUGGGUGAAGAGGUUCUCAGGAAGGGGACGGGACAUAGAGAUUGGAAUGCGAAGUACAUCCUCCAAAACAAGCUCCCAGAAAGCGUUGCUUGAAGAGUCGGAUGAAGAGUAAAUGCAUUAUUAUGGUUCUUUUACUUACAUUUGAUUAAUUGUGGUUCAUGACACCAAGGGCACUUCUUUUUUUUAACCUGCUUUGUUUAGUUCGGUUGAGUCAAACCCUGGAGCGUUUACCCCCUUGGUGCAGUUUGUUUGGACAGGUGUGAACACAGCAAUCACAUUCGGAUACAGACCAAAACUACUGGGCCGAGACUACCUUGAGGCUGUGGUCUCAGUCCAAUUACAAACCGACUCUGGUACGCUUUGGUACAGUCUGUCUGGGGUGAGACUGUGAUCCGACCCACUUAUUAGAUACUCAAGUUUGAGUAAAACGGUUCCUGUAGUAAGGUGUGCUUAAGGUAGCAGCUAGCAAUGUUUCUCUCAACCGAAAUAUCCUGCAGUCAUGCUCAUGUCUCUGUGGUCAAACCAGCCGCUGCUAAAGUUGGAGACAGACACCAGCGGAGUAGAGCAAUGUCCCGCUGAGCAGAGCAGCAGUAGAAAGGCUGUUCGCGAAACAGUGUGUGGAAAACAAUUUUAAAUGAAAUGAGCUGGUUUGACCUUGAAGAUGAGAGAAAUGUUUUUUUUUUUUCUUCUCCCAGACAGACACAUCUGACCUUUAAACGGAGUGGACAUAAUGGGUUGGUUUGUAGUGAUGCAUUUCAAUGUUUCUGUGUGAAACCAAGCCAAGGGGUUAAACACUCUAAGUUAACAAACUCAACUGAUUCCGACCAGAACUAAUGAACUAUUGGUGUAAAAAAAAAAAAAGGAAAGUCUGCUGUUUUUUGUACAAAGCAUUUUUUGUAAAAAAAAAAAAAAGUUACAAUAUGAUCUGUUGUAAUGGUCUGUAAAUGGAUUUUAAAAACACAAAAGUACAAGUUACAUGAAUUGUAAAAUGUGAAAUGUAUUGCUUACUAUUAAAUGAAAUGAACACUUAUGAGAAGAACUAAAUAUAUUAAAACAAAUGAUUAACAAGUCACAACAUUCAAAUCAGAGAGACUUAAGUUCCACUCAUUACAUUCCACUCAAUACAUUACAUCAAACUUUUUAUAGAAGUGAAAAAGAGAAUCUUGUUGACCAGUUGUAUAGAAAGUUGUAAUUUAGGAUGAAUUCAUAAGAUAUGAUUUGAAGUCGGAUUUAGGUGAAAUAUCAACAGAGCAAAUAGUCUUCUGAACAUUUGUCAACACCUAAAAG